CUUGACAUGUGAUGACCUUAGCCAUUAAAUAAUGGGUCAUUUGUCUUGACUGAUAAUUUGGAAGGACAAUUUGUCCUUGCUUUUUGUUGAAGGAUGAAUCUGUCCCUACUUCCUGUUUGGAGGGCAGAUUUGGGGGAGGAGAUUAAGAUUAUUACUGUCACUGUCUUUGUCAAUUCAUAUGCAGAGCCUGAUGAAGAAGAAGAGGAAGGGAAGGAAAAAAAUGAGAAGAAUUCCGAGGAUGAAGAAAAUGGUAAGGUUGGGUCAUGGUAUAGCAAUCCUGAGACAGGAACAACGGAAUCCGGAGCCAUUGGUCGUGGUGGUGUUGGAAAGCACUUAAAAAGCAAGGAAUGGUCAAAGUGAAUCUGCUGUGGUGGACACCAGUGUGACUGCAAUUCCUGUUGCAAAGAAAAGGAAAGUUACAGCUGGAGAAUUUCAAGAUUUUUCUGGUUGGUAAGGACUUCCAUCAUCUUACAUCUAACUCCCAGAUGAUAUUUCUGGCGGGAAACAAUGAUUGCUCAAAGUGAUUCUACUGCUCAACACUUUCCUAACAAAGUCAUCAUCUCAAAGAAUAAGAGUAAUUGGGAUUAGUGUCAGAAUCCAAGGCUUUAAUGCUGGGUAAGAAUUGAAUUAUGCCUUAUCUUGUUACAUUGGUGAAUUAACUAUAUAUUCUCCUGAUGUAGAAUUAGUUUCAUAACUGAGUUUUGUACAGUAUCUUUACUAGGCGGUAAAAAAGUAAAACAACAGUAAAAUGCACACAUUCCAUGAGAUGUACUGGAUUGGAGGGUACAUUUCUCCUUCCUGUCUUUCGAGUAAGAGUUUCAGAUU